AUGUAAGUCUAUUUAAGGAUUCUCAAUUUAUUAAAAACUUAAACUGACUUUUAUUUAGAUAACUCCAAAACUGAAAUCUUUGAACAAUCUCCUCUUGAGAAGAAUCUAAACUCUAAGAAACUCAAAUUCACUGAGCUCUAAGCAUAUAGGAAUCAUUAAUAUCUCAAGAUUAAAGAGGAAGUUAAGCAAAAUCCAGAAGAGGAUAAAGUUGCCAAGCAAUCGGAUGUCCAGAAGAAUUCAAAGCUUGACAGGCAAAAUCUCAGGACAAUUGAUUUUUUACCUCGGUUAUAAUUGAAUAACUCAAGGAUCAGCAAAAACUAAUUCGAUUACAAUCAACUCAGGACUAGAUAAUUUGAGAAGUAGGUUAUAAGAUACUUCGGUGAGUUAUACAAAGUCCCGUAAGAAUGUGAAUUAUGGGGUUAUAUGCCUUCUGGGUCAACAGAGAGUAAUUUGCAGGCGAUAUAUUUUGCCAGAGAGUAUUUCAGAAAUCAUUAAAAUGUGGCAGUAAUAUACACAGAGAAGGCUCACUCAUCUCUUAAUAAGGCCAUAUACUAUCUUAAGUUAAACACAUUCGGCCAAGUUGCUAGAUCAUUAAAUCUUGAGCCCCCAGCAGGAAUGAAAUAGUGGCCUGACAAAGUUCCUCACAAUUCAGCCGGAUAAAUGGAUAUUGAUUCACUAAAAGCAAUCUUAAAACCUCUUGCAGAAUAGAAAAUUCCAGUUUUAAUAAUUGCUAAUGUGGGCACCACCUCAACUUGCUCAUUUGACAGUACCACUGAAAUUAUCAAUGCAUUGAAAACUUAGGAGUUUUACAAUGACUUGAAAAAUCAUUGGAUCCAUAUUGAUGGUGCAUGGUGCGGUCCAUACAUAAGAUUUCUUGAAAUAGCAUCAAGAAUGUCAAAGCAUAAAUUCUUACCGAUUAAGACAAUCAAUGAAGCAAAAUUCGAUUUCUCAUUAAAGGAAGUGAAAAGUAUCACUACAAGUAUUCAUAAAUGGAUUCCUUCUCCAAUACUUAUAUAAGAGGUUAAGAUUAUACUUUAACUACCUCAAGAAGUGGGCAUGCACCCCUGUUUACUUGGGAUUAUUUAAUGA